AUGGCAGCGGCGAGAUAUAAUUCAAGAUCUCCGGCAGUUAAAAGAUUGCUCCGAGAAGCCGCAGAACUGCACGAACCCACCUACAAUUACUACGCCCAGCCUUUGGAGGAGAAUUUAUUCGAGUGGCAUUUUACAAUCCGCGGUCCGGAAGAUACUGUCUUUGAAAACGGCAUUUAUCACGGGCGAAUCGUGCUCCCGCCAGAGUAUCCAAUGAAGCCGCCAAAUGUGAUUUUUAUGACUCCGAAUGGCCGCUUUGAGCUGCACAAAAAGAUUUGUCUCUCGAUCAGCGGCUAUCACCCCGAAACUUGGCGACCCAGCUGGUCCAUUCGCACGGCGCUUUUGGCCAUGAUAGGGUUUAUGCCGACUCAUGGAAAUGGCGCUAUUGGAAGUUUAGAUUAUACAGAUCAAGAAAGAAGCGUUUUGACGAAACGCUCCGUCGAUUUCAAAUGCAAAACUUGUGGUGCAACAAAAGAUCUUCUCCUCGACAAAUCAGACGAUCAAGGCGAAGAGCAGGAGGAAAUCAAAAAGUAUUCGAGCCAGUUGACUACCAGCAAGCCCAGCGGGAAUGACUCGUCCGAACAAGCUACUGAUAAAAAUGACAACGAGACUGCUGCUAGCCCAGAUGAAGAGUCAUCCGAAGCUCUUCCGGUAGCUACCCCUGAAGAAACAAAUCCGCUUGCCGAUGGAAAAAUUGAGGAAAACGCCGAAGAAGACGUAGAAGUUGUGGAAGAGGAUGUAGUGGAAAUUUCUCGCCCGCGUCGUGAAAAUGAUUUUGCCUCAUUCUUCCUGAUGUGGUUUUUGAUUCUAGCCAUUUCUUUCAUAAUCUACCGCCGACUGAACAAGUCCUACGGCAUCGAUCUCGUCCAACUCGCUGAUCAGUACCUUACUUCCUUGAUGCCCUAA